AUGAUCGGCAGAAAUGAAACGCCGUCGAAGAAGGCCAGAUUUUGGCAAUCUUACGUGCGGUCUCUAAAAGGAUCAGAAGACAUCAGAGCUGAGGAGAGGUACAGGCCAACGCGCCGUAGUGUAUUCCCCGAGCUUCUGUCUACCUACCCUUACUCCAAAUCUAUCUACGAUGACCCCAUGGGUGCCGCCGAAAGGAUCACUGUUCCCGGAUACCGCUACCUGCCGGUACACCGUGAAGUUUAUGGAUACUCGCCACGUCCCAUCUACGCCCACAAUUACCCAAGUUCCCUUGAUCGGUACAGGCCAGUUUACCACGUGCCGAGGCGCAUCCAUCGUGGCGUCGACCCCUUCGAUGCUCACAAAGCGUGGCAAGACCAUUUGGACAGAAUGGCUGCCAUCGACCGGCUGUAUCCUUCUCGUUACGGCCUUUACUUGAGGGACCGGGCAUACCCUAUCACCGAUCUAACCGCACCCAUUGUCGAUCCUUUCAAGCCUAAAAGCCUAAAAGGCAUCGAAUAUGAACCUGACUCUAAACCUCACUGGGGAACAGGAGCGUGGCCAGCGAGGAUAUCGGACGCGUUCAAAAAGGAUCCAUUUUUCGCUGAAGCCGAAAAAUGGGCAGACUUUGAUCGCGGACUCCGAGGGAAGUCCCCGACACCAGUGAAGCCAAGAAUAAGCCCGCCUCGUGAUUGCGAGGUUGCUUUUGAUGCCGAUGGUGCUCCGUUGUACAACGCUGGCGGCCUGAGGCGUCCCUGGGCUGACAUAUUCAACCCGAGAGCGUCACUGCCAAUCUCAGCGAUAACUCGGGACCCCUUCUGGUACGACUGGCCGUUGCUGAAACCGAUGGCUAGAUGGGAUCGCAGCCCGUCCUACAUCCGUGACUCGUACCUGUCGCCAGUCAAACGCACCUUCCUCUGGGACAAGCAUCCGAUCAGGCCCUUAGCCGCCGCUUACUAA